AUGGUUCUCUUGAUGGCAAUUGCUUUUACACUAGCUUUGCCUUGGUUUAGACGAGGGAAGCUAGAGAAACAGCUUCCAGGGCCACUAAAGAAACUCGCUAGCUUCAAUGCCUUCUGGUACACUCACCAUUUGUUCGUUAUAGUCUACAUUCUCCUUAUCGUUCACGGGUACUACGUGUAUCUCAGUAAGGAAUGGUACAAGAAAACUACGUGGAUGUACUUGGCAGUACCAGUAGCUCUCUAUGCAUGCGAGAGACUGAUACGAGCAUUCAGAUCGAGCAUCAAGACCGUAAGAGUUAUUAAGGCUGCGGCUUAUGCUGGAAACGUAUUGAAUUUGCUCAUGUCAAGGCCUAAAAAUUUCAAAUAUAAGAGCGGUCAGUACAUGUUUGUAAACUGUCCAGCAGUCUCACCAUUUGAGUGGCAUCCAUUUUCAAUAACUUCUGCACCACAAGAUGACUAUCUGAGCGUUCAUAUAAAAUCACUUGGAGAUUGGACUAAGGCUCUUAAAGGAGUUUUCUCCGAGGUGACGUCUAAGCCACCUCCGGUCGGAGACAUGUUGCAAAGUGCAAAAAGUAUUGAUUUCCCCAAAAUCAUGAUUGAUGGUCCAUACGGCGCACCAGCACAAGACUACAAGAAGUACGAGGUGGUUCUUCUAGUCGGCCUUGGGAUUGGGGCCACCCCGAUGAUCAGCAUUAUCAAGGACAUUAUCAACAAUAUGAUGGCUAAGGAACAAGCCCAACUCAACCAAAUGGAGAAGGGAUCGCAACAGGAGCCACAAGGUAAGAAAGAAACUUUCAAGACACGAAGGGCUUACUUUUACUGGGUCACAAGGGAGCAGGGUUCAUAUGAUUGGUUCAAGAACAUCAUGAACGAGAUCGCAGAGCGGGACAAAAAUAAAAUAAUAGAACUACACAACUACUGUACUAGCGUCUACGAAGAAGAUGACGCUCGUUCCGCGCUCAUACAUAUGCUUCAGUCUUUAAACCACUCCAAUAAUGGUUUGGACAUUGUCUCCGGGACUAGGGUCAUGUCCCACUUUGCCAAACCUAAUUGGGAAAACGUCUACAAACAGAUAGCAAUGGAUCACCCUGGAUCUAACGUUGGUAAGUUCUCUCCCUCUCUCUCACACAUCAAACCGAGCAGUAAGUGUAUUUUCAUUCCAAAUGUACCUUUGUGA